CAUCCUGGAAUUUAUUUAAAAAAAAUUUUGAAGUAACGCUAUCCGAAUAUUCCGUUUAAAGAAAUAAUGGAAGAUAAAGAAAAUGAAAACGAAAACAAGCGACCUAAGGAUCGCAGCCCGUCACCUGCCAUUAAAUCAACGGCUGUGGUCAAAUAUACUGCGUUCCAAAGUCCUGUUGGGUAUUCUCGGCUGCAGUGCAACACAGACCUCAACCUGCCUCCAUCCAACUGGGGUGCUGCCAUUGACUCGUAUGGUCUGAAGGAGAUACUUACCAGCGAAUCUGGCCUCUCAAGCUUCAGGAUGGCGCACAUGUUUCCCGACUGUGUGGGUGACGUGGACGUCAUCUCCGGCGCUGAGUGCAUCAAGAAGUUGCUCAAGCUUCCCUACCAGCCCAAUGGCACUGUGAGCAUGAUGGUUCACCGCGUUGAGAACACUCUGCUGCUGGACGACUUUGACAUUUACGAUUGCCUCAUGAAGUCGGAGUGGUCCUGGUUGAAAGAUUUUUUUUAUGAAAAAAUCCUUAAGACUAUGUCAGAACAGGAACGCAUGAGCCUAACACUAGCACCAACACCAAGUACAGCUUUGCAGCUGACGCACAAGUUCCUAUCGCACAGCGUUACGGAACCUGUGCCGGCCAAGUGCGAACCAUCUUUCCCCAUCUGCCUCCCCGGUGAGUCCCGGGAUAUAGUUCAAAUGUACCACUCCGAAGGUCCAAUUCUCCCAGACCCUGAGCAAGAGGCAAGAACCGAAGAGCCAACAAACGAAGAGCAUCUUUACAAUCGCAACGUUCUCUGGACAUUCGAAGAUAUACAAAUGCUGAUAGGAAGCGAUCUACCCAUUUUUGGUGACAAAGAUAGGCCAUGUGUCUCACUUCGCCUUAGAGAUGCAAGAGAACCUAUCAAUGUGCUGACUGGAAUAGAUUACUGGCUAGAUAACUUAAUGUGCAAUGUACCUGAAGUGCUAAUGUGUUAUCAUCUAGAUGGUAUAGUCCAGAAAUAUGAACCAAUGAAAACAGAAGAGUUACCCACUAUGGAAAACUCUAAGUUCUCACCAAAAGUUAUAAGAAACGUUGCUCAGAACAUUCUUUCUUUCCUGAAGUCGAAAGCUACAAAGGCAGGCCACACAUAUUGGUUGUUUAAGGGUCCACAUGACGAUGUUGUGAAGUUAUAUGACUUAACGUCAUUAUGUCCAGAUAGUAUGGAUAAUCCGUUUACGACACCAGUGGCAAUGUUGCUAUAUAGAGUCGCAAGAAAUAUGAGAAUGACGAAUAGAUCGAAAUAUGUAAAGGAGCUUUUGGAAAAUGCAAUUAAAUUGUUAAAGGUGGAACGUCAUCCGCAGAUAGUAGCGUCAUCGCAUUAUAUGUUGGCUGACUUAUAUGUACCUGCUGCUACUGACCCAGCUUGCCCGGAUUUUAAAGAUGAAAGCUCAGGAGACGAGGAAGACGUGGAAUUUCCUGACACGUGUGACGACGAUCACGCCGACGGCAAUAUGAGUGAAAAGGACAGCACUACUGACAAAGAAGGCCUACCUUCCGAUAAAGAAACUUUAGACUCCGAUGCUAAGAGUGAAAAAGACAGCACUGGUAGCCGCGACCUGCGUGACAGUAAGACGGACAAGGAUAGCGUUACUUGUAGUGAUACAUGUAAACGGGACGAAGCAUCGUGUAGUGAAAAAACGGCUCAUGCUUUAGCGGUUCAAAUACAAGGGCUGUCGUUGAGAAAUAUUGGUGAACGAGUGCGAGAUACUUGGGCGGAUCAAAAACGCAAAUCGCGCCGCGGUAAAGGUCUUGGCGUGGAACCGCCCGACCGCUGCGGGCGCGCCUUGCAGCAUGCCUUGAGAGGGCUUCAAGCCUUACAUAACAUCACAUAUGACAAGUGCAGAGAAGAAGAACGUGAACGGCUGAGACAGCAAAUCAUCAUAGAAGAGAAACACCCUAAAAUGGCGAAUCCGUACGAACCAAUCAAAAUGAACUACGAGCCCAUAACAAAACCGCAAGAAUCCAAAGAACACGUAUCACGAAGCAGGCGCAGAAAAAAAGAACGGAAAAACACAGAAAAAACAGAUAAACUCGAAUCGGAAAACUACUUAAUUGAACACACAAGAUAUGUAGAUAAAAACGCAAUUUUAAUUAGAAAAGAAAAUAAAAAGUUUCCAACCUGGCAGGAACCGAAUCGUGACGACAACUUUGCAUGGAAGUUGCAUUUAAAAACGCUCCUUUAUGAGAAGAUAUGCUUAGCAUAUGCGACUCUGGCUGAAUAUAGUUAUGCGAAUGAACAGUUUGGAUUUUCCUUGAAGUAUAUUGACAUGGCGAGUAAAUGUCAGAAACUUUUGAGUAAUAUGAUUAUUAAGAGUCGCGUUGUUGAUGCGAGCUGUCUUAUUGGGAGAGUUGGUGACAAUUAUUUCCAAUUGAGCAAAAACUGGAAUAGUCUAGAGCAGUUCAAGAAGCAGUUCGAAACAGACCACGAGAUCGACGCGCGGCUUCGGCUAGAAAUUGAAAUGGACAUGAAUGAAGAGAUCGAGGAACGGGCGCAAGAUGAGUUUGACCUUGAUCUCACUGUGCCAACGAGUGAUUUGCAAUCGAUGCUAAUGUCUUUGACGUACUAUCGACGAGCAAUAGAAGUCACAUGCGACAAGAAGAGCGAGCUGCAGCGCCGACUAGCAUCCGUCAGCAACGAACUGGCUGUUCGAUACAUGAACGACGCUCAACAAAUCUACCUCAAAUAUGUAGAAGAACCAAACCACAAAGACCCUAAAGCGAAACUGCUACUGAAACAGUUCAAUGCUCUGUCCCGAAAAUCACAAGAAUGCCUGGACGAAGCAUCUACAAUAUUCGCUUCAGUGAACGACAAGCCUAACCUAGCUUUAUUGUAUUGCAAUAAAGGUCGAUAUCUCAGGUUUAAGGCUCAUUGCUCACAAGGCGACUUCACUGCAGAAAAACGCAGCAUGUACAAUCAAGCUGAAGAACUAUACCUAACAGCUCUAAAAGUUCUUGGACCGCGAGAAACAUGCGGGGCAGCCUCCGUUUGGGAUCUUGUAUCUUGGGAACUAUCUUGCCACUUGUAUACACGAGCUGUGCUUAUGCAAGACUGCCCUGGGGUUUAUGCUAAUCUAGUGACAGAAGUAGCCGAAGCAUUCAAGCAAGCGCUUAAAUACUGUCUGCUCAGUCCAGGGCCUAGGCAAUAUCUGUACCAGUUUAGAGCUGCUAUGAUUUAUCAUCGUCUGGGUUCGCUGUAUCACUCGCAGUUCAGAAUAACAGAAGAGGACGGCCCUAGACGUCGUACAUUGUUAAAAGCUACACGUUCCAAAUACGAACUAGCAGCUAACAUGUUCGCGCUGCUGGAAGACUCUGCAAUGUACCUGACGGUGCAGAUGGAACACGUUGCUGUUUUAGAAACUCAGGCUGCCGUUUCACCAAACGUCAAGCUAAAAUCACUCCAGUCAGCUGUACAAAUCCUUCGCCAAUGUCAUUCCAUCAUGAAGCUCAUCAAAGAAAGAGAUCCUGAUGAACAGAAAGAGACGCCAAAGGUUGAUGACCAAGACGAGAAAACCAUGAAAAAUGAACACAGCCUUUUGAAUCUGUACGAAAAUCGAUUGCAUUUUAUUUUGAAAAGUAUCAUACAAUACUGUAAAUCUAAAUCGAAUAAGGAUUACGAAAAAAUAACUGAUUUGUACAAGAAAUUGUAUUGUACCAGUUUAAGAAUAAAGAAAAAUGACGAUACCAGAUUAUAUGCGGGUAGCAUAUGUGAGGUUUUGACCAAUAUGGACGCUGUGGAUAAGGAGUUUGAAUAAGUUUAAUAUUAUUUUAGUUUAUUAAGCUAAAUAGGUUGUGUUUCGUAGUGUUAGUAACAAAAGUGAAAUAUGUUUCUUGGAAUCUAUUAUUUUUACUUGCGUUCUGUGUGUAUGAAUGCGCGAUUCCAUUAAGCAAAAGUGUAUAUGAGAAAUCAUCCUACCAAAAACCAUCAUAGUUCAUAUAAUAAUAGUAAUACUCGUAUCUCAACACUGAUUCGUACUGACUAGUGGGGCAAAACGUAAUGAAAGAUUAUCUCAAAACCUUCAGGUUCAAGACUACUUCGCUAUAAAUAGUCGUGUGUGUGUGAUAUAUAAAUAAUUAAUGUGAAUUUACACAAAAUAAUGGUAAAUUUUACCACUAAUACGAAUAUUGACUAAAAUAGUAUUUAUACAUGUUAUACUUAUUAUAAAGCAGAUAAUUGACAAAUUUUGAUUUGCAAAAGGCGUUGACAAGUCAACGCGCUAUCUUGUUUAAGUUUGACGAAGUUAUUUGAACAAAAUAAUUCGUUACACUAACGGCAUUUCCUAUAAUUGACAUUAUUAAUCAAAAUCGUGCUCUUGCUAGUAUAACUUAACUGUACUUUGUGAUAUAUAAUAUAUAUAUGAUUUUGAAACUCGUAAUAUUUUUUCUGAAUUGUAUAAGGCUUGGGAUCAACUUGUCAGUCUGCAUAAGCAUGUUUGAUGUUGUGAUUACUAAGUCUCGGCUGAUGACAUGAAAUGUGUAUAGUAUAGAAUAUGAGUAAUUUCAAAUUGACCAUAAAUAAAUUACAGCACCGUUACCAGCUCACAUAUUUUCAGAUCUUUAUGUACACCAACCUGUAUAAAGUUUUAGGUAUAAAUUUUAUUGCGCAUGGGUGACCCAACCGGAAAGUCGGAACCGUAGUUAGUGCCUUUCAAAAUCAGAUAUUGAUUGACAAGACUGAUGUGAUAGUUAGUCAUUUAUGUUUGUUAGUUUACUUUUUAUGUAAUAAGUACAUAAUUUAAUGCGAUUCAAAUAAAUUUUAAAGAUGUGUACGAUUUUGAAUUUAGAUCACCUGUUAUCAUGGUUGCCAAAGGCAAAACACGCAAACUAAACUGACGCAAAGUAUAAUUUUCAUC